AUGCCUUCUUCUCGUUCAAGAGGCUCGAUGCAGCGUCUUGCCCUUUCGGGGUUGCUGUUCCUAGCUUCGGCAGCCGCUCGCCCAAAUGACCGCCCCUCCCUCUCCGACGUCUCCAUCCCCUCCAUCUCCCUCCUAGGCGGCAAUGUAACCCUCCGCAUCCUGCCCCUCGGCGACAUCCUCACCCACGGCACCCCCUCCUCCCCCUCCAGCUACCGCUCCUCCCUCCGCGAUCUCCUAAUCGCCGACGGAAACCCCGUCGACUACGUGGGCAGCUCCACCUCCGGCUCUCUGGACGACAACCAGGUCGAAGCCCCGUCUACCGUCGGCACGAACCCCAUCGCCUCGAUCCAAGCGAGUGCCGAAACCGCCGUGCCCGCUUACAAGCCCAACCUCGUCAUCGUCAACGCCGGAACGGACGACUGUCGCCAGGGCAAGGACGUGUCGAACGCCGGAGCCGAGCUGCUCAAGAUCCUCGAGACGAGUUGGAAGAAUAGCAUUUUCGUCUCCGUGGUCCUCACGACGCUCGUCCCCAGCAAAGACGCCACCGUCGAAGCCUGUCUCGAAAAGGUGAACACCCAAAUCACCGACCUCGUCGUGGCGCAGCAAGCCCGGUCGCAGAAAGUCGUGCUCGUGGAUUUUCGCGCCGCCGACAAGGGCGUUACGGCGGAUGAUCUCACCGAGGAGGUCGACGGGGAGUUUUUCCCGUCCGGCGAGGCUUACGGGAAGAUGGCGGCGUUGCUGUUUGAUGGGAUAAAUAACGCUGCGUCGAGGGGGUGGUUGGAGGCUCCGGAGCCUUUGCCGAACGCGCCUACGCCGUCGCCGUCGGGGAAUGGAACUUCGCCGAGUGCGACGGGGACGGGAGGUGUGAGUGCUCCUACUACUGGCUCGGGAGAGGCGGGCGAGGGUUCUUCGGGAGGAAGCGAAACUAGUGGCGAUCAGGGUGUCGCUGAGGAGGCGGAGGGCGUCAAGGCGGGUGAUCAGGGGAGUGGUGCGGUGAGGGUUGGUUCCGGCUUUUUGGGCGUGAUGGGUCUUGUUGUUGGUCUUGGCCUGGCCAUCCUGUAA